AUGGUCAACGCACCGCCGCAGCAGUUCAAGAAGUUCGAUGUCGAGGACAAGCUCGCUCAGCUGUCCAUGGCGACCAAGAUCAAGCUACUCGGCGGCAAGGACUUCUGGACGUUCGAGGACUCGCUCGACGAGGGUGUUCCUUCCUUGCGCACGUCGGACGGCCCCAACGGCGUGCGGGGGCGCAACUUCUUCAACGGCGUCCCGUCGUCCUGCUUCCCGUGCGGCACCGGCCUCGCCGCCUCGUUCGACAAGGGCAUGAUGCACCGUGUCGGCCAGGCCUUGGGCGACGAGUGUCGCGCAAAGAGCGCGCACGUCCUCCUCGGCCCGACCGUCAACAUCCAGCGCUCGCCCCUGGGCGGCCGAGGGUUCGAGAGCUACAGCGAGGACCCUCUGCUGUCGGGCCUGCUCGCGGCCGAGUACAUCAACGGCCUCCAGGCCAAGGGCGUCGCGGCCUGCAUCAAGCACUUUGUCGCCAACGACCAGGAGUUCGAGCGCUUCUCCGCCGACAGCGUCGUCUCGCAACGCGCUCUUCGCGAGAUCUACCUCGAGCCGUUCCGCCUCGCCGUCAAGCACUCGAACCCGAAGGCGUUCAUGACGAGCUACAACCGCCUCAACGGCAAGCACUGCUCGGAGAACAAGGAGCUCCUCGACGGCAUCUUGCGCGGCGAGUGGGGCUGGGACGGCCUCGUCAUGUCCGACUGGAUGGGCGUCUACUCGGUCGACGAGUCGGUCAAGGCCGGCCUCGACGUCGAAAUGCCGGGACCGCCCGUCAUGCGCGGCAGCACCGUCAACCGGGCGUUCGGCGCGGGCAAGCUCGCGGGCGAGGACAUCGACGACCGCGUGCGCAACAUCCUCCACCUCCUCAACUUUGCCAUCGACUCGAGCAUCCCGUUCUACGCCGGCGAGGACAAGGUCGACACGCCCGAGCUGCGCGCCCUCCUGCGCGAGGCGGCCGCCAACGCGACCGUCCUUCUCAAGAACGACUCGGGCCUCCUCCCGCUCAGCGCCGCGUCGACCAAGGGCAAGAAGAUUGCCGUCAUCGGCACCAACGCCAAGGUCGCCUACCCGUCGGGCGGCGGCAGUGCGUCGCUCGCGCCGAGCUGGCUCGUGUCGGCGCUCGACGGCAUCACGGCCGCCGCCGACGAGGUCGGUGCGUCGGUCGACUACGCCGUCGGCGUCGCCGCGUUCCGCUACGUUCCGCUCCUCGACCCGUACCUCACGCACCCGACGAGCGGCAAGCAGGGCGCGCUCGUCGAGUUCUACAACGGCAAGCCCGACGGCCAGUGGUUCAAGAGCGCCGAGGUGCCCAAGGCGACCAAGCCCGACUUUGCGCUCGACACCGACACGUCCCUGUGCUUCAUGAUCGACGGCGUGCCCUGGGAGAAGCUGGACAGGCACGUUCGCGCUCGUUACGCCGCGACCUUCACGCCCGACACGUCCGGCAAGUGGACGUUCGGCCUCGGCUCGAUCGGCGCCUCGCAGCUCUUCCUGGACGGCAAGCCCAUCAUCGAGAACGUCGAGUCGUACAAGCCGGGCGAACUCUUCUUCAACAUGGGCUCGCAGGAGGUCCGAGGCGAGGUCGAGCUCGAGGCGGGCAAGGCGUACCAGCUCGAGCUGCACGGCUACGUCGACCCGUCGUCGCUCGGCGCGUCGCCGUUCACCUUCUCGUCGUCGUUCCGCAUCGGCGGCUUCCCGACCGUCGUGCCCGAGACGGCGCGCAAUGAGGCGGCCGACCUCGCGAGCAAGAGCGACCUCGCGAUCGUUGUUGUCGGCACGAACCCGGACUGGGAGUCGGAGGGGUUCGACCGCAAGACGAUGAGGAUCCCUGGCGAGUCGGACGAGCUCGUGCGCGCCGUCCUCGCCGCCAACAAGAACACGAUCGUCGUCAAUCAGAGCGGCACGCCCGUCGAGUUCCCGUGGGUCGACGACGCGGCGACGGUCGUCCAGACCUUCUUCGGCGGCAACGAGCUCGGCAACGGCCUCGCCGACGUCCUGUUCGGCAAGGUCAACCCGUCGGGCAAGCUCCCGCUCACGUUCCCGGUCCGCCUCGAGGACAACCCGUCCUUCAACUCGUUCGGCAUCACGUCCGACACGCCGGGCAAGGUCGUCUACAGCGAGGGCAUCUACGUCGGCUACCGCCACUACGGCCGCGCCAAGCUCGCACCGGCGUUCCCGUUCGGCCACGGCCUGUCGUACACGUCGUUCGAGUUCAAGUCGCUCUCGACGUCGGCCGUGUCGGACGAGGGCGACCUCACCGUCUCGUUCGAGGUCAAGAACACGGGCAAGGUCGACGGUGCCGAGGUUGCGCAGGUCUACGUCGCCGCGCCGGUCGAGGGCCGCAUCACGUCUCCCGUCAAGGAGCUCAAGGCGUUUGAGAAGGUCGUCCUCAAGGCUGGCGAGGGCAAGACGGUCGAGGUCAAGCUGUCGCGCGAGGCGUUCUCGUACUACGACGAGCGGUACGGCAAGUUCGUCGCGCCCAAGGGCGUGUACGAGGUCCGGGUCGCGACGUCGUCGAGCGAGAAGGACGUCAAGCUGCGGGCGUCGGUCGAGGUCGUCAAGGAGAUCCGGUGGAGCGGUCUGUAGUUCUGCUGCACGUAGAGUCUGUCGAGUCGGGAACUGCAGUACAGGGUUUCCGCAUCG